AUGCCCCGGGCCCGGGCGCUGAAAGUCGUCAAUUGCUAUCGCGAGUACGGGCCGGCCUGCAAUUGGUAUCAAUUCUGGUUGUCAGACUGGCUUGAGGUGGCCGCCGUCUGGACACAUUUUUGCAUCUUCCCGAUGUUCUACGCGGUCACGUUGAUUGCGGGCAUGAUAUCGUACACCUGCAUCCCCCUGGGUUACCAGCUCUCUCGUGUCGUCCAGGUGCCCAUCGUCGCCUUCUUCACGGAGGUCACGAUGUUCUACCUGGGCUUCGAGUCGCUGUGCGAAUUCAUCGCGAUGGCUGUCACCACGUCGCAGUUUGGCGGGAAUUUGUAUGACCGAGAGCUCCACUCGACGUUCCGCUUCUGCUGGUAUGGCUUCGCGACGCUGAACACCUUCCCGUCGUUCUACUUCGUAAUCCGCUCCCUUCGCCGUGCCCGCCAGCUCGUCGCCGAA